UCGAACUGUCAGAGAUUACAGAAUCCCAGGGACGUCAAAUCUGCGCGCAAUGUGUUGUCAGUUUUACGAAAAAAGAAGAUUAUGACACUUGGAAAUUAAUUCAUACACAUAUGUAGGAUGCUCCGAAUUUAAAAUAGAGUUGUCUAAAGCUGAACAAAAAAUUGCAUAAUCUAUGUACAUUUCUGUAUAAGCGUAUGACUGUUAAAUAUCUGAGAACUGGAUACAAAUAUUAACCAAAAAUUGGAAUUUGGCUUUCCUCCUGGGAAGGAAAGCGAAUUGGCUCAAGUUAUGGAAGAGCAGAAGGAUCAAAGUAGCCGGGAUUCGAGUGAGGGAGAGAGCGUUUCCCUGUCUCCAAAUCUGCCGUCUCCGCAGAUCCUGCCGCAUCCAGUAGCGCAGCAGACGCACCGAAACACCAACUUUUUCAUCGACAAUAUUUUAAGGCCGGACUUUGGGUGCAAAAAGGAGCUCGGCAGCAGGGAGCGAGCGCACACAUCGGGCAGGGAAAAUGUCAAUCCUUUGAUAAUAAGGCCAUCUAACCCGAGCACACUGUGCCAGGAUUCAAACUGUAGCAGCGACAGCACUUCAUCUUCUUCGUCUUCAUCCUCUUCGCCGUCAUCAAAACAGAGCCAGUCAAAACAAGUCGAUGGGAACGGAACUAAUACAUCUAAAUAUGGGGAAAAUAACAACUCCUCGAUCAUGAUUGUAGGGUCAAAUAAUGGAGAAAGUUCACCGAAUAGGGAUAAUGUUCAACCGCUUCUUUGGCCUGCCUGGGUAUACUGCACAAGAUACUCAGACAGACCAUCCUCUGGUCCACGAACACGAAAACUGAAAAAGAAGAAAAACGAAAAGGAAGACAAGAGACCCCGAACAGCUUUCACAGCUGAGCAGCUGCAGAGACUCAAAGGCGAGUUUCAGGCCAAUCGCUACAUCACGGAGCAAAGGAGACAAACUCUGGCUCAAGAACUCAACCUAAACGAGUCCCAGAUUAAAAUAUGGUUUCAGAACAAGAGAGCCAAAAUUAAGAAGGCCAACGGCAUCAAGAAUGGCCUGGCCCUGCAGCUCAUGGCACAAGGACUUUACAAUCAUUCCACUACCACAGUACAGGACGAAAAGGAAGAGAGUGAAUGACUUUUGUUUUUGUGACUGCGAAAAAAAAAGAAAAAAGAAAUCAAGUGACUCGAAAUCGAAAGGACUGAGACAGGUGCUAUUUAAAUCAAAACUAUGUUUAUCCCAUAGUAUAUGGACUUAUAAAUUACGAACGCUAUUAAAAAUCUAUAUAUAGCCAAACACCUUAUGACGUUGUAUAUAUUUAAUUUCAGGUAAGGAUGUGUUUAGCGAUCCCUACUUGCUGGAGAAUUUCAUUUCCCCCCCUCCCGCCCCCUCUAUGAUGUUGUUGCUCUCUGUUUUAGUACGUGUCUGACACUAUUGAGAUUUUUUGUGGUUUGUGUCUCCCCCUCCCCAGUUAUUCACAAUUCUAUACAGACUGCGUUCCUGAACCGCCGCUACAAGCCAAAGAUUUUAUUAUGUUCAGAAAUAAAAAUGUAGUCUGAAAUAAAGUGUAGA